CUUACAGCAUUACUGCAGCAUUUUCGAAAACUUCUGGAAGAUUUGGCUUCAUUUUACGAAAACUUUACAGAUAUUGACGAAUUGUGCCAUGUGGUUCAACCAACUUUGCCAACCACAAAGGAAAAUUGGCGUUUAUUCGUACUUAAAGAACGUAUCUUUUUGAAAUUACAAUUUUCUGAUCCUUUCGCUCCUUUAAGUUCAAUGACCGUCCAUAUAAUUGGGCCAACUACAGAAGUAGCAAAUUUGCGACGUAUUUAUAGUGAGGGAUUGUGUGACUGGGAUAGCGAACUUGAUGUUCACAAAAAUCUUCUGCGAAUUUUUGAUUUAUGCUUCUUCCCCAUGCCUCCUCCUGAUGGAUCAGAAGCCUCGUUGCAAUUUUGUAACAUUUGUUACACUUACAAAUUAGACACAGGCGAAAUACCUAUAAUUUCCUGUGAUAAUUCCAACUGCAGUUUGAUAUUUCAUGCUGAAUGUUUAAAAGAAUGGUUCAGCACUUUAGCUGACGGUAAAACGUUCCUUGAUGUUGCAUUUGGGGCUUGCCCAUUCUGUAAAUCGAAACUUUCUACAUCAUUUCAAGAAUUGUUGCAACUGAAAUAGCUGUUGGGAUUUGGUAAUAUGCAAAUAUUAAACUUUUUAUUAAGUAUAUGAUUUUAAUUACAUGUAGAUAACUAUUGUUAUUUAUUUGAUUAACAUGUGCGAAUUAACGUGUAUUUGUGUAUCCGAAACCGAAUGGAAUCCAAAUAUGUAAAAUAUAUCUCAAUUUUGUAUAAGCCAAGAAGUACACCUGUUAAAAGUAUACGUUAGCCCUUGUCAACAA